ACCCGACGACAACCUGCUGCUUGCACCGACCUCGUAAGACUUCCUGUUAACGUGCUCGUAAACGAAUAUAGAGGACACAUCUACUUCUUGAUCCCGACUCAUAAUGCCGAGCGACUCAGUUAUUCACUCACUCGCAGGGGCAGCGGGCGGAAUUGUCGCAAUGUCCGCUACAUACCCACUAAUCUUCCUAUCAACCCGGGCUGCAGUAGAGACUAAGAAAGAGCAUAAAUCUAUAUACCAGGCCAUUGUCGACAUCAUCAAGCGAGAGGGUGUCCUCAGCCUCUACAGCGGGCUUAACUCAAGUUUGCUUGGCAUUGCAGUAACCAAUGGAGUGUAUUACUAUUUCUAUGAACGCUCUCGGGGAAUUGCUCUCGGCGUAAGGAAAGGGGGAAAAGGCUUGUCCACACUCGAGUCAAUAAUAGUUGGUCUCAUCGCAGGUUCUGCUACAACAAUCCUGAGCAACCCUAUUUGGGUCGUGCAAACCACCCAAGCUGUUAGGACGUUAGACCAGUCUGACGCGUCUCAACCUCGACCCAUCAUCAAGCGACUAGGUUUGAUUGAAACCAUGCAGCAUAUCCUCAGAAAAGAUGGUAUUGCCGCAUUCUGGCGAGGCAUCGGACCUGCCCUUGUGCUUGUCAUUAACCCUGUCAUCCAAUACACUAUCUUCGAACAGUUGAAGAACUUGUUCGUCAAGCAACGUUUGGCCAAGCUUCGUGCCGCAGGGCCUGCAGUGACAGCCGGCAUCUCUGUCCUAUCCGACUGGGACUACUUCUUCCUGGGCGCUCUAUCAAAACUGAUUGCGACUUCUUCAACGUACCCAUACAUUGUCGUCAAGAGCCGAUUGCAGGCAGGGCAUGCCAGUGCCUUACGAUAUAAGUCGGCGUUAGAUGGGCUUCUCACCAUCGUCCAAGAAGAGGGCAUUGAAGGCUUGUACAAGGGUGUCGGAAGCAAACUCACUCAAAGUGUCCUGACUGCAGCCAUUUUAUUCGCAUGUCAGCGAAGGCUCUACGAGAUAACUAAGAAGGCACUGUCCCCGUGAAGCUUCACCUACUUUCAAGAAUAGAUUUAACUAGAUUUCACUGCAACAUUCGAUGCAGGGAUUAUAUCUCCAGUUCGUGACAAACAUGUAGACCAUGCGUACAACGAUCUAACUAUAGUGAAUCAAAAAGCUUUACGCGGCGAGGGUUCGAUCUAUAGGUAGCCUUCAAAACUGCACGUGUGUUAACUAGUGUCACAUGCCUAAUUGAGAAUAAAAACCACCAUACU